CUCCUGCACGUCGGCUUUGAGCCCCGAGCUGGUGCUUCUGCUCUCUGGGACAUGGCAGGCCUGAUGACCAUCGUAACCAGCCUUCUGUUCCUUGGUGUCUGUGCCCACCACAUCAUCCCUACGGGCUCUGUGGUCCUCCCCCCUUCCUGCUGCAUGUUCUUUAUGUCCAAGAGAAUUCCUGAGAACCGAGUGGUCAGCUACCAGCUGUCCAACAGGAGCACGUGCCUCAAGGCAGGAGUGAUCUUCACCACCAAGAAGGGCCAGCAGUUCUGUGGCGACCCCAAGCAGGAGUGGGUCCAGAGGUACAUGAAGAACCUGGACGCCAAGCAGAAGAAGGCUUCCCCUAGGGCCAGGGGUGCUGUCAAGGGCCCUGUCCAGAGAUAUCCUGGCAACCAAACCACCCUGUAAUCACCGCCCAGACCUCCAGCCCUGAGUUUGGGCCUGAGCUGCUUGGAGGGCUACUCGGGGCCUGGGGAAGCCAUAGU